AUGGGCGGGGUGACCUUGGCCCACGCUCACACCCGGGGCCUGCACACACCCCCCCCACCCCCCCCCAGUGCUGUGGCCUCCGAGAGCCGGCAGUUUCUCCUUUUCGAAAUCUUUGCGGUGGGGGCCCCCCAGCAGCGCCUGGGCCGGGCCGGGCUGGCCGAGGAGGUCAGUGACUUCUUGUCGGGCCGCUCGCCGUUGACCCUGGCGCUGAGAGUGGGCGACCACAUGAUGUUUGUGCAGCUGCAGCUGGCCGCCCAGCACACCCCGCUGCAGCACCGGCACGUGCUGGCCGCCGCAGCCGCUGCGGCCGCCGCCGCCCGAGGAGACCCUAGCAUCGCGACCCCCGUGGCUUCUCCCUGCCGGCCCGUGUCCGGCGCCGCCCGAGUCCCCCCAGUGCCCGCCAGCCCUCCCCCCACGCCUGUCACAGCCGGCUCCUUCCGGUCCCACGCAGCCUCCGCCGCCUGCCCCGAGGUGGACUGCUCCCCCGCCGCCAGCAGCAGCGCCAGCCCUGGUGCCAGCACGUCGUCCCCCCCGGGGGGCAGCCCUGCCGCCCGCGCCCGCACCCCCGGAGCCGUCAUCGAGAGCUUCGUGAACCACGCCCCGGGGGUCUUCUCAGGGACCUUCUCCGGCACGCUGCACCCCAACUGCCAGGACAGCAGCGGGCGGCCGCGGCGGGACAUCGGCACCAUCCUGCAGAUCCUCAAUGACCUGCUGAGCGCCACGCGGCAGUACCAGGGCGUGCCGCCCUCCCUCAGCCAGCUGCGCUGCCACGCCCAGUGCGCGCCCGGCCCGCCCAGCCCCGACCUCGCCCCCAAGACUACCUCGGCGCCCCCAGCCGCCCUGCUGCAGGGCCAGAGCCAGAUCCGCAUGUGCAAGCCCCCCGGGGACCGGCUGCGGCAGACGGAGAACCGCGCCACGCGCUGCAAGGUGGAGCGCCUGCAGGUGCUGUUGCAGCAGCGGCGCAUGCGCAGGAAGGCCCGGCGGGACGCCCGCGGCCCCUACCACUGGCCGCCCAGCCGCAAGGCCAGCAGCGGCGGCGGCGGCGGCGGCGGCGGCGGGGGCGGCAGCCCCGGCGAGGCCGCCGGCCUGGGCCUGGACUUCGAGGACUCCGUGUGGAAGCCGGAAGUCAACCCCGACAUCAAGUCCGAGUUCGUGGUCGCCUAG